AUGGCCCUUGGCACGCCGGCUCCCCUCGCCACGUUCGACGUCGCCUCGGCGUCGGCGCCGACGAACAUCGCCGUCGUCAAGUACUGGGGCAAGGACGAGGCGCGGGGCGGGAACACGCCCAUCAACUCGUCGUGCUCGCUGACCCUGGACCCGGCGGACCUGCGCGCCGAGACGGUCAUGGUCGCGUCGCCGGAGCUCGACCGCGACGAGCUCUGGCUCAACGGGGCGCCCGUGGACGUCGCCGGGGCCUCGACGCACGCGCGGCGCCUGCGCGCGUGCCUCGCGACGAUGCGCGCGCGGUGCGCGCGCGCGCCCGCGGGCUCGCGCGCGGCGACCGCGGCCGAGCUCGCCGGCUGGCGCGUCCGCGUCGUCUCGCGCAACACGUUCCCCACGGCCGCGGGCCUCGCGUCGAGCGCCGCGGGCUACGCCGCGCUCGUGCGCUGCGCGGCGGCGCUCUACGGCGUCGCCGUCGACGCGUCGCUCUCGGGCGUCGCGCGCGUCGGCUCCGGGUCCGCGUGCCGGUCCCUCGACGGCGGGCUCGUCGCCUGGCGCAAGGGCGCCGCGCCCGACGCGUCCGACUCGCUCGCGGACCCGCUCCACGCCGCGGACCACUGGCCCGGCCUCCGC